AAGUGAACCAAGUGCCAGAAGUGAAGUGGCCGUUCAUGGUACACCACACGAGUAUCGCAUGAAAGUCAUUGCUUGGCAAGAUUCGCCAUGACACUUCCUUAUCGGAGGCGUCCAGGGUGUGGUAUAGCGGAUAUCGAGGGUGCAAACACCCCCUCCAAGAAUCUGGGAAGCUGAUUUCGGCUCAGCAAUAACCGAUGCACAAGCUGGAGCAUGUAUAUUUAAACAGCUGUGAUUUACCGUUUCUCUCCCCCAUACUUCUCUGCAUACUACUAUGGUCCAGACCGACGAAGGCCAUGGCAUUCCUGUCGUGCUCGCGAAGAAGCCCGAUGUCGAACCUCCUUACUCUGUGUUUACGACUUGUGAAAAAUGGCUCAUAGUGACUCUUGCAUCUAUAGCAGGGUUGUUUAGCCCGUUGACGGCGUAUAUAUACCUUCCUGCGAUUCCAAUGAUCGCGACUGCGUUUGGCAAGACCGUUGAACUUACGAACCUUACGGUGACGGUUUAUUUGGUGUUUCAGGGUGUAUCGCCCAUGUUCUGGGGCACUCUCGCAGAUCGCAUGGGCAGGCGACCAACGUCGCUCGGAUGUUUAUUUGUUCUCAGCCUUGCUUGUAUCGGUCUGGCUUUCGUACCGACAUCAUACUUCUGGCUGUUGAUGGUUCUUCGAUGUCUCCAAGCGGUUGGUAGCGCUAGCACGCUCACGAUCGGUGCUGGUAUUAUUGCAGACAUCGCUACCCCCGCGGAGCGAGGUGGGUUCUUCGGCGUCUUCACAAUGGGUCCGCAGGUUGGACCCGCACUAGGACCCGUUAUAGGAGGCGCUCUUGCGGAUAAGCUCGGAUGGAGAUCCAUUUUUUGGUUCCUCUGUAUCUCCAGUUCAGCGUGUUUCAUUGUCCUGGUCACGUUCCUCCCGGAGACCUUGCGUAGCAUCGUCGGAAAUGGUAGUGUUUUGCCACCUAUCCAGUAUCGUCCUCUACUACCUUUAAUGGGGCGCGGCCAUAAGGAUUCUGAGGUGGAGUGUCCACCUGCUCGUAAAUCUCCUAACCCUUUCCGUCUGUUCGCAUGUGUCGAUGUCUUGAACCUCCUCCUUUUCAAUGGAAUUCAAUACGCAGUGUUCACCGCCAUUCUAGCGACCAUAUCUUCGUUGUUCGAAGUAAACUACCCUCACUUGACAGAGACGGAUAUUGGGAUUUGCUAUCUGGCCUCUGGAGGCGGGCUUGCACUGGGCGCAGUUUUCAGCGGCAAGCUCAUGGACUGGGAUUACAGGACCGCGAAGGAGCAGCUUAUUCGUAAUUUUACGCCAGAGAACGGUAUCCCAGGUCAUAUCAUAAGCGAUGAUGAUUUUCCCAUCGAAGCAACGAGGCUGAAGAGAUUGCCACUUUGGAUGAUCAUAUUUUGUGCAUCUUGCACUGGGUAUGGCUGGUGCUUUCAAGCACGAACGACCAUUGCAGUACCUCUGGUGCUUCAAUUCGUCAUCGGAUUUUCAGAAAUCGCUAUACUCACUACCAUUCAAACGCUUUUGAUCGACCUUGUACCGUCACAAGGCUCUGCUGUGACUGCGUGUAAUAAUCUCAUACGGUGCUCCAUGGGGGCAUUGUUAGUCUCCGUGAUCGAAUUGCUACUUCACAAGAUUGACGCCGGGUGGACAUUUUUUCUUUUAGGUGGAGUAUGUUUCAUCUCGGUGCCUCUGAUUUGGCUGGCAGUGCGUAUUGGACCUCCAUGCCGCGCUGGCAGACGUGUGUGUCAGGCUGUAUCUCAAAACUGA